AUGUCAGAACGUAAAUCUAUUAACAAAUAUUAUCCACCAGAUUAUAAUCCCUUAGAGGCCGAAAGGGCCGCUAGAAAAUUAUCUAAAAAGUUAAAGAAUACAAAUAAAGAUAUCACGACAAUUAGAUUAAUGACACCAUUUAGUAUGCGCUGUACUAAAUGUGAAACAUUCAUCCCAAAGAGUCGAAAAUUUAAUGGUAAGAAAGAAUUAUUAAAUGAACGAUAUUUAAAUAAUAUUAAAAUCUUCAGAUUAAGUAUUCGAUGUCCAUUAUGCUCACAAUCUAUAUCAUUUCGUACAGAUCCUAAAAGUGCAGAUUAUGUAAUGGAAAAUGGUGCCAUACGAAAUUUCGUGAAGAAAACUGAUGUAAUUGGUGAUGAUAGGACAGAAAGUAUCGAUGAAACUUUAGAGAGAUUAGCUCAUGAACAAGAACAUGAUGAAAGAGAGAAAGAACGAUUACUUAAUAGAGAUAUUACCAAUAUCGAUGAUGGAAAUAAACGUCGUGGAAACACAGGAGAGGAUAAGAUGGCUGCAUUAGAAGAACGAUUAAUAAAGAUUCAAAAGGAACAAGAAAGUGCAGAAGAAAUAGAAAGACUCCGCAAACAAAAUUAUGAUAGAAUAAAGAAUGCAGAUGAAACCUUUGCAAGGAUUACAAAUGCUCGUGAGAAACAAACCGAGUCAUCUGAACCAAUUGAGGACGAUAGUGAUGUAGAGAGGUUAGCCGAGGAAGCAUUUAAGCGUAAUGCAGAUGAAAAGAUAAAUGAUAACAAACCUGUUUCCUCAACGUCAACGGGACCAAUCAAUUUGACUAAACCUGAACAGCUUGAUGUAAAUCGGUUAAUAGUGAAAAGGAAGAAGAAGAAGAAAACAAAGUUGAAACUUGGGUCUGGGAGUCUCAUGAAUUGA